CCGUCUUCAGUCAACCGUUUUCCGUCGGCCGCCGCGCGUCUUACCGUAUCGCCGUUACCGUGUCCGUCCGCCGUUUACGCAUUUUCUCCGUUUUCGCCGAUUUCGCGAAGUGCGUCCCGCAGUUUUCCUCGGACGCGAUAGUGCCGCCACGGUAUGAAUAAGUGAACCGUGUUUUUUAUUCUCACCGUCGCACCGGAAAACGCUGAAAAAUGCUGGGAGUCUUCAAGAAACGCUGGAAGCCCAAAAACAGGGUUACGAAAAGUGAAAACGGCGAUGAUCUGAUGUUGAGUUGUGGCAACGAAUACUCUGAACCGAUCAAUGCUUACGUGCUUCCGGACUCGCGUAUCGCCAAAUUAUGUUCGACCAGACAAAUGUAUCCGGUGUGUGAUAACAACUCACAUUAUUCAGUAACAUACGAAACACUAAAGCCGGUGUUAGUAUCGUCAGAUACGGCAUCCGUAGGAUAUGGAAAACUGGAAACUGUGCCGCCACCUAUUGGUGGAGUUUCGGGAAAAAUGUCGACCAUCAACGGUGGAAAUACAACUACCCCUAAUAUUUGUAUAGAGGGUGGCCGCAUUGAAUUCGUGAAAUCUCCAAUAGAUUGCGGUGAUGAAAAACAGGACUACUUGAAGGAGUAUAUGGAAGCGAAAAUCGUGCAGCUGGAAUCUGAGUUGGUCGCGGAACGGCGAAUCACGCAGAGGGAGAGGACGCUAAACUCCAAGCUUCAAAAACAAUUAGCUCGGCGUGAGUGGUUGCAGAGGGAUGUGGACAGAGAGAGAAGACUGCGCUUGGACACGGAGGCAAGACUCAAGGGUUCCAGUUCCGAGGCUGACAGAUGCCGCGUCAAGCUGUCGACUCUGCAAAAAGACUUCACCAAAAUGGAGGAAACCGUACGAUCAUUGCUUCAAUACAAAUCCAAGUUUGAGCAACUGAAGCAAGACCGACACUCUGUGGCCAACUCCUACGAAAAUCAAAUCUUGCAACUACAAAACGCAAUCACCAAACUCAAGAUUGAAAACGAAACGUUGAAGAAGCAGAUCGACACUCUCGAAGCAACGGGCAUCAGCCAAGUGCAAAAGGCUCUAGUCGAACGGCUCCGGAUAUUGGAACACGAGAAAAAUCGCAUCGAACGUGAGGGUGAACAACAGCGUAAACAGUACGAGAGGUGUCUAGACGACGUGGCCAAACAGGUGGUCAAAGCGGUCCUGUCACAAAAGGGUCUGCGGGAAGAGAUAUCCUCACUCCAGCACCGCGUCAAAGAGCUCGAGACCGGUAACUGCGCUCUAUCCGCACUUCUGGUGCAAAGGCUUCAGGGCCAGAAGAUCAACUAUUCACCGACCACGAUGCCGGUGGCCGAGAGCCGAUCGGUCAUGUUCGACAUCCACCGAUCGCCGUCCGUGAAAAUGGCUAUUGAACGACCGGCGAGUUGCGAUCUCACCAAGGGGCUGAAGAGAUUAAAAAAUGACGGAUGGCAGGCGGCCGUGUCGUACCACCGACCGCAGUCGUUGAAUCUAGAGAUUUGUUGCUCGCACAACGUUGAAGAGUCGACGAAAUGCGACAGAGUGCUCGGUGACGAGACGCCUGAGAGUGGUAACCGAGACGAAGGUUAUUCGACCAUGUCAAGCGACGUGCAAGGCACAACCGAACCGCCGUCCACCAAAGGUUUGGAAGACGUGAAGGAAGCCAACGAGAACGAAUCGAACGCGCUCAUGGAAUCAUCGCCUUGUUCCAGAGUGAUGAACAGCGAGGACACUGACGUGAUAUUCGUGCCGCUCAGCCUUUCGUUCAGCUUCAUCAACCCGCGCCACAGCUACCCGCCGCUGCGCUGUAUGCCAUCGGUGCAUAACAUCAUGCGCAGCUACUCAGACUCACACCUUUUCCUUAAGCUGGCUGCGGCCACGGGUGGUUUCGUCGAGGACGAGGACCGGACGUCGUGGUACAGCGGCGGCGAGCUGUGGGACAUGGACUAUGUGCAGCACUGGCUCCGGUUGGACGAGACGCGCACCGCCAUCCAGCAACGAAUGGAAUACGACGCGGCCGAGCUGGAAGACUGGAGUAUGGACGACUGCACUGGGACGGCGACUGGCUGGAAGCGGAUGUCGGCGGCAGAUGGAAAACUGCAACAGUCGUUGCCAUGCAUUGAGGAAGAUGAUGCGACCGGCUCGUCGUCGACGUCCUGUGGUCGAAAAGGUGACCUCCUGCAAGACAUGGGAUCGACAAGAGAUAUGUCGUGGUACCACUUCCAGCAGCAGCACCACCACCACCAACAUCAACACCAACACCACCAACAACACCCCUACGUGCAGCAAGGCCAGAUCCAGGUACAUAAUCACCAUCAGCACGACUGUCAGCAGCAACAGCAGCAGCAGCACAACCACCACCAUCACCACCUUCACCAAAAUCAGCACCAGCAGCCGUCGUAUGGUUCGGGUUCGCCAGGUGGCGACUCGUGGUCGAGCGCUGACGAGUAUGCAGCUGCGGAAACACCGCCGUCCAAGAGGUCUUCAGUCAGCUGCUCCGCGGACAGCAUCGAACUGCUUCCACCACCUGGACCGAUCGCUGGCACCGACUUCACUCGUGACUUUUACCGACUGGUCAAGUUCGAAAGCUCCAAAAGCCUGGCGUCCACCUCGUCGCGGAGCGUGACGGGUGGAGGAUGCGAUCAUCGGACGCCGCCAGUGGUCGAGGCGCAGUUGGACCGCGACCAGGCCUUGCAGAGCGUGUUGGACUUUAUUGCCGAACAGCAGCAGUAUUGCUUAUCCCGGCAGGCCGAAGACAAACGAGAGCCACCGCGUGUGCCGUCACCCGCUGUCCCAGCCGAGGAGUCCCAUCAUUCAGACCAACCGAAGGCCGAUGUUGGGCCUCAGACACCACCGCCACCACCUGCUCUGCCGACAUCCAAUCCUACCCCACCGGUUGUACUGCUGGUGGCGCAUCAGACGUAUGACAGUAACAGCUGCAGCGACAACCUGCUAAACUCCAAGGACAGCGGACUGUGUGGCAGUGACGUGGAGAUCGAGUGUCUGCCUGAAGACUGCAGCUACGCGGCUGACCAAUCGCCGACGGCCGCGUCUACACCUCUGUCCACGCUGCUCAGGACCGUGAUGGAAGAAGACGAAGAGGCGUCGGCUAAGUCAACAUCCCCGCAGCCACCAUCGUCGUCCACCGGCGCUGGUGGUUCGAGCAGCGGUUGUACGGCCGACACUACGGUGUGCAUGGUCACCGCGUGGGCGGCUGCGUCGUCCAAGGAUCUGAUCGACCAACUGAACUGGAUGGACGGUUGCGGUGGAGGCCAUCCCCUCUUCGGCACGUCUCCCGAGGAUGACGUCGUCGAACGUCGCUCUCCGACGUCGUCACCUGACCUGGACGAGGCGUGCUGUUGUCCUACCGGAUGGGUUCACGUCGAACGAGACAUCGAUUUCGCUGACCCAAAGGAACGAGCCAACCUGUUGGACGUCAUGUUGGCGUCCAGCCGGAGUUCAUCGAGCAGCACGAGCAGCGCGUCGACGGGCGAGGACGACGACGACAGCAGCUGCAGCAGUGGCGUCAGUGGCGGAACCUGCAGUGGCGAGAGCUGCAGCGGCAGAGCUGGCGGUGGCUGCAACGACACGACCGACGACAGUAGCGACGACGAACGCGACCCGAACGACGAUGACGUCGCUCGCCUGGUCAGCAGACGGCGGACCACCGAGGCCGGAAUCGAUGCUGCAAACGAAGAAUCGUACAACCGUCUGCACAAGUUGCACCGGGUGCGCAGACAGAAAAAAGCGUCCGCCAUCCGCGACGGUUUCGGCGUGCUCCGGUGCCCGUCAGCGGGACUCCGACAGUCGAUCGUUGGCCGCAGCGACUUCUUCGUCCGGUUCGGCGACAAAGAGCGAGAGGCCAUCUCCAACUUUGACUUCCUGGACGACCUGUCCACCACAUCGCUGAGCACCGACUCGAGCGACCGCCCGCCGUCGCCCCGCCGGCCGGCCGCGUCCACGCCCGAGACCGCGUCCACCUCGGCCACCAGCCGCCACGGCAAAUACUACUCGUACACGUGUUCCUCGUCGGCCACCGCGGCGGCCGCAAACGCCGUAAACACCGCGAUGCCCGGCCACCGGCGGCCGUCCACGUCUUCGUCUGUGCUGCCCGCCGACUGCCGGCGGCAACGACGCCGCCGCUACUCCGGCCUGUCGCUGAGCGAUUCGUGCGGCGACUCGGACUGAGGUUGUACCUACCAUCCAUCCAAUGAUGUAUCGGAGGAUUAUAAAAAUAAUAUUAUAUUACGAUCGUCAUUGUUUUUUUUUUGUCAUUAUUGUUAUUAUUAUGAUCUUGUCGUGAUCAUAAGCAUGAUAAUAUUAUUAUUAUUUGUAAACAAUAAUAUUUGUUGUACGAUCCGUCGCGCGGAAAUAUUCUUCCGACGAUUCCUCUGCGUUUCGCGUUUAUUUUUUUAAACAUUUAUAAUAUUAUAUAUUAUAAUAUAUCACCACCCCCCCCCCCCCCCCCCCACAAAUAUUAUUAUUAUAAAUUAUGAUGAGAUAUUAUGUACGUUUUCCUUGUUGGACAACAUUUCUCGGCUCGAGACCGAGGCGCGCAGUCGCCGCCACCGCAAUAAAAAUGUAAAAGAUUUUAAAAAUUAAUAUUUUUACGAAAAAGUAGGUAGGUCCAUGAUACAAGGCACUCAUUACACGUCUGUAUAAUAAAUGUCUUAAAAUGUACACUUAAUUAUUCACAUAAACAUUACAUCGUCGUGGGCGCGUUGCGGGGGAGGUUCGGGGUGGCUUGCGGAUGAUUAGCACCUCCGGUUUGGAAAUUUAGCACCCUUUUGCUGGAAUAACCGGAAUUAUAUUAAGGGGCUUUAGCGAUGCCCCCCCCCAGUUUUUUCAUUGAAAUCGUGUCCCCGAUUAUUAUGAAAUUGAAGUAAAUACUAUUUUUAAUCUGUACACUCAGGUGCCUACCGUAUAAUAUUUUUUGUAUAGUCGUCGGAGGCGGCGGCGUUUAGUAUUAUUAUAAUUUCAUUGCGUUAUUACGUGUACGUUACACGUCUUAUAUAAUAUUAUUAUUAAUUAUUAUUAUGUAUUAUGAUAUAAUUAAUAUCAUACGUCUUAUAUUGUAGUUAUUGUUUCGUUUGUCGGCGCCGCUUGUACCUCGUGAAAAAAACCGCGUGUUUUCUUCUUUUUAUUAUUAUUAUUAUUAUUAUUAUUAUUGUGUCUAAUAAUAAAAAAAACUAUAAACGUGCAUAAAAUAUUAUUAUUAUUAAUAUUAUAUUAUGAUCAUUCAAACGCGAAUCAUAUUAUUAUAUAAUACAGUCUAUAUUAAUAUUAUAUUAUUGUAUAACUAUUAUUGUCGUAUCGAUGAUAUUGCUGUGUGUGUGUAUUAUAUUAAAUACAUAUUAUAUAUAUAUACAUAAUAAA